CAAAAAGUAUAGCUGUGGAAAAUGAGUUCACUCGUUGUGUUUGCAAUAUUUUGUGCUGUUUUAUAUUUUAUUCAUCGAAAAUUGCGAGAAAAUGUGACGUUUUUUAAACGUAGAAAAAUUAUUUAUGAUGAACCUGCUGUAAUUUUUGGGAAUGUUGGGAGUGUCUUUUUUGGAAAAAGAUCAUUUGUAGAGAUCCUAACAGAGACUUAUGAGAGGCAUUGGAGGGAAAGAAUUGUCGGCAUUUUCAACUUCAAUAAACCUCAGUUAAUUAUUUGCGAUACGAAAAUAGUCAAAAGUAUUUUAAUUGAAAAUUUUGACCACUUUGUCAAUCAAGUUUCUGACAGUCAAUCAUUGGAAUCGCUCAAUUAUCAUCAAUGGAAUGAAAUAAAAAAUUCUUUAGAUGUCAUUUUUGAUGACCGAAGCAUGAAGCAGAUGUUUGAACUGAUGCUGGAAUCAACAGAUAAAAUGAUUGAAUAUUUGAAUUACAAAGAAGAAAAUGAUAAAGAAUUCCUAGUCGACAUCAAAGAAGUGUCUAAAAAGUUUUGUGUCAAUUCUUUAGCAUCAUGUCUUGGUGCCCAAAAGGUUAAUUGCUAUAGAAAUAAAAAUGAGAAUAUCUUCAAAAUAGCAGAAAAAAUAUCAAACAAUUUUGGAUUAAUUGGACAUUUAAAGUAUCUAAUUUCAAGUGUCUUUCCAAACUUUUACAAAGCAAUGAACAUCCAACUUGUUGACAGUCAAACGAAAGAAUUUUUCAAUCAAGCUGUUAUAGAAGAAAUGAAAGUACGUCAAGUGAAAAAAAUUACUCGACCAGACAUGAUUCAAUUACUUCUCGAAGCUAAGAACGGUCAAUUGCAUCAUUAUGGAAUGGAAUUGUCGUCAAAUGAUGGAAAUAAUGAAAAUUUAAGAAAAAUGAAGCACAUCACAUGGCCAGAUGAAUAUUACAUAGCAAUUGGAUAUUCAUUCUUUAGUAAAGGUUAUAGACUCUCAGUUAAUGUCCUUCAAAUGUUGCGCUAUGAAUUAGCUAAAAACUAUGACAUCCAAAUGGAAUUAAUAGACGAAAUUGACGAAAUUAAUGAACGAGACGGAAUCACUUUUGAAAAUGUCAAUAACAUGAAACUACUCAAUGGAAUCGUAAGCGAGUCAAUUCGUCUAUGGCCACCAGCAACCACAAUAAAUCGAAUGUGCACAAAAACUUAUCAGCUCAUUACAGACGAUGGAUACAAAUUUGAGUUCCAAAAAGGCGAUGAACUCAUCAUUCCAACAUUUGCAAUUCAUCAUGAUCCGAAACAUUUUGAUAAUCCACUUACAUUCGAACCUCAUCGGUUUGAUAACAAGCAAAUUGGGGAAGCGGACUACUUACCAUUCAGUAUCGGACCACAUUCAUGCAUUUUGCGGAAUUUCGCAAUGCAACUAGUCAAAAUUUUCAUCUAUCAGCUUCUCACUCACUUCACACUGGAAAUGUGCCACAAAACACCAUCAACGAUUCAAUUGAAGUCAUCAUUUGAGUUUGAUGUGCGAGAAAAAAUUUAUGUGCGUCUCAAGUCACGAAUUAGAAAUUGA